UAAUAGUAGAUCAUGGCAAGAUUACAAUUUGAAGUUGAGCUGGCAGCAGACGAAGAUCCGAAGAAUAACAUCAUAAUUAUAAAAUCAAUAACAAAUGAGAAUGGAAUAACAUAUCUCAUACCGCCAAGUUUCCAAGCAGCAAAACACCAUCUUCAAUUGACAAAGCUACCAGAAUUUUUGAAAAUAAAGAAGACAUUACAGAGAAGAAGUCAUAAUAGAAAGGUGUGGAUGUCCGUGCCAAGUGAAAUAUUAGCACUGUACAUGGAUGAUGCUGGAAAUAUGGUGUUUAAUGAUUACUUAUUACAAGAAUUGACUCAAGUCACAAGCCAAUCUAUUACAGAUGGAAAAUUAUUAGAAAAUUUGGAGAAGUUAAGUGAUAAAUCCAAUGUCAACAAAGAAAAACAUAACAAUUUAAGCAAAUUACAUGAAAAAUUUGUUUUGAAGAAGUUUGAUAACAAGACCACUAAUGCCAAACAAUGGUUGCAGAGUUUUGAAAGUGAAUUUACUAGAUUUGAUAUAAAUGGUGAUACAGAGAAAAUUAGUGCUUUGAGACUAUUUUUGAAUGACUCAGAAAGUGACUGGUAUGAGUCUAUGUUAAUUAAACACAGUUUAAACUCGCUGUGGAAAACAUGGCAAGUGAGUUUUCUAAACACGUUUGCAGAUAAAAGUUGGUCCUCUGUGACAUAUGCACUGAGUUACAAAUAUUUAAAUGGCUCCCUGCUGGAAUAUGCAUUAAAAAAGCAGAGACUCUUACUAGAAUAUAAUAGUGAUAUAGACACCAGAACUCUCACUGACUUAAUUGUCAUAGGAUUGCCAACUCAUAUUACAAGUAAACUAGAUAGACAAGAAGUGACAGACCCAACUCUACUGUUUAGUGCUCUACGGAUGCAUGAAAAUCAGAAUAAAACUGUACAAAAACAUUUUACUGAGAAGAAAAGCUCUACUAAAUCAGAAGGGGAAUAUAAAAAAAAAACACCAUGUCAAAUAUGUUACAAGAUGGGAAAGAAAAACAGAUUUCACUUUGAAGAUUUAUGCUGGUUCAAAGAAGACAAGAACAGUAACGGCACUGUAAAACAUUGCAAGAAUGUGAUGUUGGAAAUUGAUGAAUUUGAGGAUACAAAAAACUAAAUAUUCCCCCACUAAUAGAAGUUGAGGUUAUACUGAAUGACACACUGAAAUGCACAGGUAUUUAUGACCCUGGCUCAAAU